CUAUUCUCAUUACUCAUUCAUAGUCCGUGCAGAAUAGGCGUACGUUCCAUUCUUCACGUGGAGAAAAUAAUUCUAGAAAAAAUAACUAAAGAUGGAACAAAACAGUCCCAGUGAAGUGAAAUCGAACGGUAUUAAAGGCACCGGGUCCGAUAAUGGAUUGAAGACUCCAUUUCUGAUCGGGGUGGCCGGUGGAACCGCCAGUGGAAAGUCUACGGUAUGUAAGCGGAUUAUGGAGCAACUGGGCCAAGCCGAUAUGGACCACGCACAGAGACAAGUUGUAUCGAUCAGUCAGGACAGCUUCUAUCGCGAAUUGACGCCUGCUGAAAAGCUGCGUGCUGAUAAGGGGCUAUUUAACUUCGAUCACCCGGAUGCUUUCAAUGAAGAACUGAUGUUGAAAACACUUCAGGACGUACUGCAAGGCAAAAAAGUGGAGAUCAAUGAAUACGAUUACCGCAGCAAUUCGUUGCAUCCAGAGAAGAAACUGACGAUCUACCCGGCAGAUGUGGUACUAUUUGAGGGAAUUUUAGUGUUUUACUUCCCUGCCAUCAGGGAUUUGUUUCACAUGAAGCUGUUCGUGGACACGGAUUCGGAUACGAGACUGGCCAGAAGAGUUCCUAGAGAUAUCAACGAAAGAGGGCGUGAUUUGGACCAGGUCCUCAAUGCUUACAUGGUAUUCGUAAAACCUGCUUUCGAGGAGUUUUGUUCGCCGACUAAGAAGUUUGCCGAUGUAAUAAUCCCACGUGGAGCUGAUAAUACAGUGGCCAUCGACCUGAUCGUGCAGCACAUCCGCGAGUUCCUGAACAAUCGGACCCGGCAGGAUCACAGCCCGCACUUGGCCAGCGGUGGCACCAGUGCACUGAAUCUACCCCGCGGCCGAGCUACCUACAAACACUAAACUGAGUAGAAGCAACACCACAAGAAGCUGAAUUCUGCUGCUAGGUUGGUUUGAUGUUUGUUCAAUUCGCCAGUAGUCGAACUUUACCGACGUUUCAUCAUCGUUCGUGAUUAACAUUAACCGUAGUGGCUAAUUUAGGCUAGCUUUUAACAAUAGCGAACACACGCGAGAGUUUUCAAACUAACCUCCCUGUUGAUUUUACUCUCCAUCCUCUUCCAUAUUGCCAUAAAAAAAAACAAACAAACAGAAUUUUUCCAUUUUAUAGCCAACUUCUACAGAGAUCAUUCAAAAUAUAUUGUUUUUAUCCAUCUGAAAAUGACCUCUUAUUGAUACUCUUAUUCUGUUUUGAUUUGAAAUCUAACCAUUCUAGUCCGAUACUUCGUUUUUCAUUGAGACAAACAAAUGAAGAUGUCAAUUUGAUCAAGACAAAAACUGUUAACGAAAGAGUGCAAAUCCCAGACAAAAGCAAAAAUCAAAAUUAAAUCGAAUUGUAUAAAGUUUGCAUUCACUCAACUACUAACUGCUCAGCAACGUUAGGCUCCAAGUUUACCAAAAAUUAGUGCUAGUAUCAUCAGUUGUGAAUUUCCCCCGAUCGAUGGUAGAUCUAAACCAACCACUCACACCAUUUUAGUUCUAAGUGCAAAACAAAUCAGAACUCUCUUAUGUUGGCAAAAUGCUUUCAUAUUUCGAAAAGACUCUCGAUAUUGCAAUUGUUAUAAACAUGAUCUUCAUUUUUUAAUUAUUUCUCUCUUGUUCUACCAUCCAUCGCUACAACAAUAAUGCUCGUUUUGAACUGAAAACCCUAAAAAUAUCCUCUAACCUACCAAAAAAAAACUCUCACACUCAACUCAUACAAGCCCAGAUGAGAGCAAUUCUCCACCUUCCGCGUCAAGUUUCCGACGGUUCUCCUCGACCACCAUCAAUAAGAAGCUGUUUUCAGUCGUACUCAACUACUAAGUGCAGCAGUAGAAAAACAAAUAUAAACCUUGCAAACUGGCAAAUACUGAUUAUGUAGCAACUAAGGAAAUCUCCCAAGAUACGAGGAGUCGCUUUAGAGUACCUUUACUCCAUAUUUUAAAUAAAAGCAGAACAAAAUAAAAACCGUUCGGUAAUCAGCGAAGUAAGAGCAAUAUCGUGCACACACGCACCUGAUGUGAGAGCAAAAAGAUACGUGUAAAGUUUUUAGGACCACACCAAAUUACACAGUUCAUAUAAAGAAAAUUCGACGAGAAGAAUAAAAAUUAGAGGCCUUCAAAAGGGGAAACACAAUGCGAAAGUUUAUGUGUAAUGAUCUUCUAGUACUUAAGUUUGUUUUCCUAUAUUGAUUCUAAUAAAGCAGACCUAUAGGUUACCAAAUAACAUUUGUUAUGACUUUAUGCUAUAUUGAGGAAUAAAAGAUAAGAUUUUCGUCAUUUCAGUUUGAGAAUGUUCAAAUGCUACCGGGCGAACA